UUGCUGGCUGCCAUCUUUUGACAGUUGUGCCAACGUGACUACCUUUUCCGGUUCAGGCGUUCACCAUGGCGGUCGGCAAGAAUAAGGGUCUCUCCAAAGGCGGCAAGAAAGGUGGCAAAAAGAAGGUGAUCGAUCCCUUCUCGCGCAAGGAUUGGUACGAUGUCAAGGCACCAAACAUGUUCCAAACACGCCAAAUUGGCAAAACCCUCGUGAAUCGUACGCAGGGCCAACGCAUUGCGUCCGACUAUUUGAAAGGUCGCGUUUUUGAAGUUUCGCUGGCUGAUUUGCAGAAAGACAUCGAUCCCGAGCGCUCGUUCCGCAAGUUCCGCCUGAUUGCCGAAGAUGUGCAGGAUCGCAAUGUGCUGUGCAAUUUUCAUGGCAUGGAUUUGACCACCGAUAAAUACAGGUCGAUGGUUAAGAAGUGGCAAACACUCAUCGAGGCCAUUGUCGAGGCCAAAACAAGCGACGGUUAUUUGUUGCGUAUAUUCUGCAUCGGAUUCACAUCGAAGGAUCAACAGUCGCAGCGUAAAACGUGCUACGCUCAGCAGUCGCAGGUGCGCAAGAUUCGCGCCCGCAUGACUGACAUUAUUACGAACGAGGUGAGCGGAGUCGAUUUGAAGCAGCUGGUCAAUAAGCUGGCCUUGGACUCGAUUGCCAAGGACAUUGAGAAGAGUUGUCAGCGCAUUUAUCCGCUGCACGAUGUCUACAUUCGCAAGGUAAAGGUGCUCAAGAAGCCCCGCUUCGAUGUCUCCAAAUUGCUCGAACUUCAUAACGAUGGCGGUGGCAAAACCACAGAAGCCGUCGUCUCCGCCGAGGGUGCCGUCAUCGAUCGCCCCGAGGGCUAUGAGCCACCUGUCCAGGAGGCCGUUUAAAUAACUAAAUUAUACACUUUGAAUUCCCAUUUCAAAAUGUCAAACAAUUAAAAAAAAAAAAUUA